AUGAAGGUCCACGAUCGUACGCAAUUGCAAUCAAUGCCGACUAAAGAUUUCAACGAAUUUGUUGCUUUACCACGUGAAUGGCGUCGAGGUGAUGAUAUUUUAUAUUGGCCAAAAAAUGAUGACUACUACAAUAUACAAUGGCUAGAAAAAUUAUGGAAAUAUCUCAAUGAUAAACUAUCCAAUGAUUUAUCAUCGUUAGAGAAUACAAAUAUUCUCUACGCUUUACCCUCUACAAAUUCUACCAUUCCAUCUUCAGCCAGUUCACAACAAGCUAAUACAAUUACACUGUAUAAAUUAUCGAAAAAUAUUGGUCUCAUUCAAAUGUUAACAUCACCAUCGAAAGAUGAUUUAAGUUUACAAAAAAUAUUAGGCAAAUUAAAUUUCCAUUGUAUUGAUGCAUUUCCAGAAAUUAUUCGACGACAUCCACUUCUGCAUGAAUAUGUACCAACCUUAACAUGUCAAGGUUUAUUACAAAUCUUACGUUAUCGUUUACGUCAUACAUCACAAUUAAAAAUUCUUCAAGAAUUUAAUACACUUCUUAAUGAUUCUGACAUAAAAUUAAUUCGUCAAUAUAUUUCAAGAAUUUCCUCACUCGAAUUAGAUGAAUCAAGUAUUCAAUGUAUUAAACAAUUGCCAAUAUUUGAUAAUUCAUACAGUGCACCAGAUUCAUUAAAAUAUAUUUCAUUGACAAAUAUUUUAUAUAUUUACGAAAGUGGACCAAAAUUACCAAUAGAUUUACAACCAAAAUCAUGUAUUAUUGUGACAGAUACCGAUUCUCGAAUAUUAUUAGAUAAAUUAGGAUAUGUUAUAUACGAUUUUACACAUGUGGCAAGAUAUAUAAUAACAACGAUUGGUGGAAAUAGUGUACAAAAACAAGAGGCAACAACAUCAAAAAUAACGACAGAUUAUACGAAAACGGUAGCAUUAGGUAAAUGGCUUCUAUCUUAUUGUAAUUCGUUGAUAUUAAACGAUGUUUUAUGUCAAGAAAGUUUAUCAUCAUGUAAAUUAUUUUUAAAUAAAAAACAAGAACUUUGUUCAUGUUUACAAUUAAUUGAUCCAUAUUUUAAAGAAAAAUAUUUACCAUUAUUUGAUGCUCGCCUAUUACCAUGUCAAGAUUUACUUGACAAUGAUAAAUAUUUAUCAAUAUUAAAACAUUUAAAAUUACGUACAUGUUAUAAUUUAAAAUGUGAUGAACUCAUUGAUAUAUGUGAACAACAAAAAGAUCAAAAUAGACAACAGAAUCGAGUUUUAUUAGCCGAUUUUAUAUUAGAAAUACUCAUUCAUAAUCCAAAAUUAUUAGAUGAUUAUUCACAAUUAAAACGAAUUGUAUUUAAACAAUAUUUAAAUAUUACACAAUGGGUACCUGUACAAAUUGAACGACCACAACACUAUCCACAAACAUUAACUUGGCAAGGUUCAAUUGAUCCACGUCGUUUGUAUGUUACACCACGUGAUUGUACAGAUAAAUCUUAUUCAUAUGUGAUUGGUAGUGUUUGUUUAAUAACAUCAUUAGAUAUACCAUUGGAACAUCGUGGUAAAAUUGAUUUAAAAGAAAUUAAAAUUGAUUUAUUAAUUAAACAUUUGAAAACAGUUAUACACUGUUUUAUGAAAUGUACACCAACUGAAUAUAAAAAUGAAUAUUCUGAAUAUUCAAAUAUAUGUAAAAAACUUUAUGAUUCAAUAUCACAUUUUGAUACUAUGGAAAUAUCAAAAGAAAUGAAAAUGAAUGAUAUUACUGAAUGGAUUUGGAAUGGUCAAACAUUUUCGGCUCCCUCACAAGUCUAUCUCAUUGAAAAAACACAUCCUCUAGCACCCUAUGUAUCAAUUGUACCCUAUGAUUUUUAUUCAUUUUCAAAUUUUUUUGAACGUAUUGGUGUUAGAUAUAAAGCGGAUUCAUCAAAAAUUGAAGAUAUUUUACGUGCACAACAAGGUGAUGAUCAUUUUUAUAAAUGGAUUCGUGAUACAUAUUCGAACGAUCAUCGAUUAUUGCAAUUAGUCAAUGAUGCUGAAAUAAAACAACAACAGACAAGUAAUAUAAAAACAACAAAAAUACCAACAUCCAAAGAUGAACAAACAAGAAUUACAUUUUCAUCAACAUUAGAUAAUUCAGACGAUAAAUAUUAUCUUUAUUUACCAGGUAAAUUUGAUAAAUUAUAUGACAAGAUGAAACUAUUUGUAAUUAGAUCACAAAGCUAAAAACGUUUAUCCCUCUAAGCUGUUGAAACCAUUUUCCAAAAUCUCAUUAUAGUACUUUGUAGUAUUUAUGGUGUGCUCCAUACAGGGUGAUCCAUAAGUUUUGGACACUCUCUUUAAAUUGACAUUAUCUAUAUGAUGGGGGUUCUUUAAACAUUGAAAGUUUUGGGACAUUUCGAUUUCGGUUCAAUUACGACGGCAUCUCAACUCUCAGGAUCAUCUCCUUCCUAUACACCAUUUUGUAGAGAAUUAAAUGGGGAAACUUUUGCAAAAAACAGCUGAAUCUUAUUAUGUGUAUUUGAUAUAGAUAAUGUCAAUUUACAGAGAGGGUCCACAACUUAUGGAUCACUCAGUAUGUAUCAAAGACGGCAUUCACUAGAAGAAAAGUGUUCGAAAUCACUGGUAGCCUUAGAAAAUGUUCGUAAAAAUGUUCGUAAAAAUGAUCCUUAGCUAGAUCUAUCUGAAAACAGAAUGAAAGAUUCUAACUUUUAUUUUGUGUAAUGUUUAAGUCGGAAUUUUACCAAAAAAAACUGAUUUUCACUCUUAGUAUGACUUCUACUAUCAAAAAGAGAAAACUAACCAUGUUGUGUAAACCGGUCGAAAGCCAUUGGUUAACACUAGAACGCCCGUAGCGGUCAUUUUGACCGUUUUGUGAUUUUUAUCCUUAAUAAAACAAACUGUAUACAAAUUAUUUAAAAAUAAAUUAUGUCAUAACUUUUAAUUUGUCCCACAAAAAUUAUUUUUUGCAGAAUUUUCAUUCAUUUUUGAAUUCAGAACCAUUUUUAAG